AUGCUUUCAAUUCUUCUUGCAGCGGCGCCUCUAGCCUCGCUCGUGUGUGCAUCCUUCGAUGGCAACCUGAACUACCACUCGCCUUCUCGCCGACAUGAAGGCCUUGCCAUUGAUGUGCCGAAGGUCGCAAAGAGGAGCCUCGCGAAACGGGCGACUCCGUGGGAUCCUGCCCAGCUGAGUUUCACGCAUGGCGUCGCUUCUGGAGACCCUUACCCGGACUCGGUCAUUCUCUGGACACGUAUCGCACCAUCAGUUGAAAACGACCGGUCGAAUACAACUGUCACAGGUAAUGUGGCGUUCUACAAUCACGAGAUAGAGAAGUACAUCAUGGCUUCACCAAACCCUAUCUGCGUGGACUAUCGCGUUGGUACAGACAGCAACUUCUCAAGCAUCGCGGAUCAAGGCCAAGCAUACACCACUUCCGAUAUCGACUUCACUGUUAAGAUUGAAGCGAAUAAUCUCUCUCCAUUCACGCAGUACUACUACCAGUUCAACGUUUGUGGCAGCUCCAAAAAAAGUCCGCUCGGUAGGACCAAGACCAGUCCUCGUCAAGACGAUGAUGUCUCGAAAAUCGGCCUUGCUAUCUUCUCUUGCUCCAAUUGGCAGAACGGAUACUUCAAUGCGUACGGAAACGCGGCCAGGAAAGACCAGGUAGACUAUUUUGUUCAUCUCGGUGAUUACAUCUAUGAGUCUAGCAAGGGCAAACUUGGUCAAGACCCACGAGCCACGAACCCAUCGAGAGAGAUUGUCACACUAUAUGACUACCGGACUAGGAUCGGCCAGUAUCGCACCGAUGACGAUCUGCUUCUUGCUCACCAGAACUUCGCAUGGAUCCCAACUUGGGAUGAUCAUGAGGUUGCAAACAACGGAUAUCGCGAUGGAUUCAGUAACAUGAACAACACCGAGCAAAGCUUCCGAAAGUUUGGAGGCGUCAGUGUCGAUUCAAGGAAGAUGAAUGCUGUCCGAGCCUACUUCGAGUGGAUGCCUAUUCGUCAAGUUGACAUGGAUGACAACCUCCGCAUCUGGCGCAACUUCAAGAUGGGUAAACUAUUCGACCUUAUAAUGCUCGAUACGCGCAACUACGACCGAUCUAUCACGACCCUCGACUGGAACGACGACUACGUUGCGGAUCUCAAGGACAAUGCUGGCCGCUCGCUGAUGGGCAGUCAUCAGGAAAACUGGUUCUACAACCAGCUUUCCGAAUCCCAUGAGCGAGGUGCUACUUGGAGGAUCAUCGGGAACCAGAUCAUCUUCUCGCAGAUGAACAACAGCGCAGUGUAUAGCGAAGAGCUGAACGCUGAUCAGUGGGACGGAUACACCGCAAACCGUAAUCGUACCCUUCAUCACCUUUACAGUAACGAGAUACCGAACACUGCAUUCUUGGCUGGCGAUUCUCAUGCCAACUGGGUGUCUGAUCUUGUUUGGCUUGAUGAGACUCCUUAUGACCAAGCCACGGGUGCUGGUGCGAUCGGUGUCGAAUUUGCUGGCACGGCCGUCUCCUCCAGCGGUUAUGGCGCUGGUAGAUCGAUUGCGAACUCAAGCGACCGUUCCGCAGCCCUCGUACGUGAUAACCGAGAGCUCCAAUGGAGCGAAGGCUAUUACAGAGGAUAUUACGAGCUGUUCAUCUCUCCCGAGGAGCUCAACGCCCAGUAUUACGGCUCUCCAUCUGUCGCAUCUCGCAACCCUUUUGAUAUUAGCCUUGCAAACUUUACGGUCAAGGCUGGUGCCAAUCAUCUGGAGAGGGCGAAUGGAACUGUUGUUGCUGCGGGUGGUCAUGUUGAAAGUGGUGCGCUCCAGCGUGGCCCUACGACUCCAACGAACUUGACGUUGAACACCCUCACUGGAGUAUGGAACGUCACUGGCUUUGAGCAGAUGUUUGUUACAUAUGCGUAG